GUAAAGUUUCGCGUUCUGCGACGUCGGGCUCUUUGCGGCCGCCGUAAGGCGGCGGCCUGAGCCUACGGUGGCUGCAGGGACCGGGGUGCGGCGCAGCCGCUGGGGCCGGGGUGGGGCCGCCAUGGGCAACUUGUUCGGCCGCAAGAAGCAGAGCCGGGUCACGGAGCAGGACAAGGCCAUCCUGCAACUGAAGCAGCAACGUGACAAACUGAGGCAGUACCAGAAGAGGGUCACCCAGCAGCUGGAGCGGGAGCGGGCCCUGGCCCGGCAGCUGCUGCGGGACGGCAGAAAGGAACGGGCCAAGCUGCUGCUCAAGAAGAAGCGAUACCGGGAGCAGCUGCUGGACAAGACGGAGACCCAGAUCAGCAGCCUGGAGGCCAUGGUGCAGAGCAUCGAGUUCACACAGAUCGAGAUGAAGGUGGUGGAAGGGCUGCGGCUGGGAAACGAGUGUCUCAACAAGAUGCACCAGGUGAUGUCCAUAGAAGAAGUGGAGCGGAUCCUGGACGAGACCCAGGAGGCUGUGGAGUACCAGCGGCAAAUUGAUGAGCUGCUGGCAGGAAGCUUCACUCAGGAGGAUGAAGAGGCCAUCCUGGAGGAGCUGAGCGCACUCACUCAGGAACAAAUAGAGCUGCCGGAGGUUCCUUCAGAGCCCCUUCCCGAGAAGAACCCAGAAAAAGUCCCUGUCAAGGCAGGACCCAGGCAGGCGGACCUGGUGGCAGCUUCGUAACAUAGCCUCCUCUGGUGGGGCUCACGGGGAUUCCCCAAGGAUCAUGGCCCUCUGGCGUCUGGGUGCAUGGCCAGCCUAACCGGGCCCCCAAUGUCAGCAUGGAUGGUGCUGAGGACCGGAACGCAGUACAGGGUUGGCGCCUUGGGGUGACUCUUGUGCACCCUUGCAGCUUAAAGUCUGAAUGCGUGUGGGCACUGCUGUCUUGCUCUCCUUUCUGGAUUAAACGACAACAACCAAACCCCGGCCAGGCCAGCUUCUGGCAGCUGUGGCCCCUGUGGCGGCCAGGCCAGGCUCCCGGUGCUGCUCAUGCUGCUGUUCCCCAGCCCCAUGCGGCUUGCCUCCUCCGUGGGGAAGGCGCCGUCAGACCUUAGGGUCCUGCGCUUCCUUUUACUUCUGCUGCUCCCAUUAGCUGGUAGGGGCUUCACUUAAGGGUCCCUACCUUGGCCUGGCCUCCUGACAUGCCUCAGUUGCCAUGUAGGCUAGGGGUGGAAGCCCCAGCAAGCUGCAGUGUUGGUGCCUCUGCCUCGGUGCCGCAGACUCCAGCCUCUCAUUUUGGGGUGGUGGGCCAGGGGCCGUCCUUGUGGAAUUGAUGACCUAGGGAACCCUGACUUCACCCCUUGAUACUCAGGGGUCUGUACACAGUGGCUCAUCCCUGCUGAGAAAUGGACAUCUUGCCAGGUGAUGAGACCUUGCUCCAGCAGGUGUGGCCCCCAAUGUGCCCUGGGGGUCCAUGUGUGUGAGGCUUGUGGACUGCAGCUCCUGAGCCACCAGCAGCCAAGGUGGGAGACCUGGAGAGGACUUCUAAGCACAGGGUCGGCUCUAUGAAUUGACAGUCGUGUGGGAUGUCCCAUGUCUAUGAAGCCGGCAGGAGCAGAAGCCCUGGGUGCUACCAUGGACAGAGGGGAGCUGCUUCUUAACCCUCGAGCAGGACCACCCUGAAUUAAAGUUGGCCUGUUCAUGGCCUCCUGCCUCGUGGA